AGCCCCACCCAGCUUUUGAUUGUCAACAGAAGACAAGAACUGGCAAAGUAUGUCGCGACCCAAAUCGACGUCUAGAUGGUCGGCGGCAUCUACAGCUCUGGCAGGCGAUGACGAAGUGGUGGCGGAGACGUUCAAGGUCUUGGUGCUGGGAGGCAGCGACGUGGGGAAGACCAGUGUCGUCAGGUACUUUACCGCCGGCGGCAACGUGCCCCGUCUCCUGCCAACUGUGGGUAUGGACUUCACUGAUGUAGUGGUAACUGUCAGUGGAACAAGAGUCAGACUAAGAGUAUGGGACACAGCAGGGCAAGAGAGAUUUUUCACAUUCACCAAACAGUUCUUCAGGGGAACACAAGGUAUCAUAUUAAUGUAUGACAUCACCAGCAUGGCCAGCUACCAGACACUUAUGAAGUGGUUGCAAACUAUUCACCAGAUGGGGAUGGAGAGUGUGGUGACAGUGAUGGUGGGAAACAAGGUGGACCUGGAGGGCAAGAGAGAAGUUCCUCUCCAGACUGCCUCCAAAGUUGGUGACAUCACUACAACUACAUCACAAACAGCUGAAGAAUUACAACAACUUCAACACAAGUCGUUAUAAUAAUAAAUCUCUAUGGGGCCCACAUUACGCAUGCUAUAACAUACGUUAUAAGGGCACGAGUUGCACAAGCAGUAUGAUGGUGGUCUGUCGCGCCUGAGGUCCCAGGUUUAAUCCUACCUCGGCACUCUUUUACUUUCUUUCAUUUGAGCAUUUGUUGCAUUUGACCCUCAGGGUGCUUUGGACCUUGGGUAAUUACUGUUGCAUAGUAUGUCAAGUGAAUAAUCAGUCUUAUGUGUAUAUAACUGAUUUUUGACAGUUGGCAAGUCGCAAAGGAUUCGAAUACAUAGAAACAAGUGCUGUCAGUGGAAAGAACGUCCAUACAUCAUUCUAUAAACUGGCCGAAUCGUUAAUCUUCAGCAGGGGAAUAUUCUUACCAGGAGAAGAGGUGGAGGCAAGGAUGCAAGGUGGUCUCACGUCCAGUCGGGCUGAGAACGGAACGUUCAAAGUGGAGGACAGAAGCAAAGAGGAGAGACGAAGAGCUGCCAUCAGCAACAGAAAACUUAGACAUGACUCUGAGAGAGAACGCAGCAAAGGCAGCAGUGGUGGCUGCUGCUCCUAGCAACAAAAUCAUACAAUUACAUGUAGCUCGUUUUUGAUGCAUUAUUAUGGUGUGUGUUUCUCUUAAUGUAUAUAUAGCCUGAGGCUCGCAACUACUUGGAAUAUACAUGCGUGCACGCAUCUAGAUAUGACAACGUUACAUUACGUAAUAUAUUACGUCUCUAUUGUCAUUAUGUCAUUUAUU